CAAAUGCUCUUUCUCAAUUGCCGAAUCUCUUGGAAUUUAAAUUUAAGUUUUUAAUUCUUAUAUAUAUUUCAAACAUUUCUCUUCUGAAAUCUGGUUCUGAUUGAUUAUUAUCGGCCAUGAUAUCUACAAGCAAGAUCAAAUCCGUUGAUUUCUACAGGAAAAUCCCUAGAGAUUUGACAGAGGCAUCGGUAUUGGGUGCAUGGUUAUCCAUAGUAGCUGCAGUUUCUAUGGUCCUUUUAUUUGGAAUGGAAUUGAAUAAUUAUUUAACAGUCAGCACCUCAACAUCCAUUAUCGUUGACAAUAGUUCUGAUGGGGAAUUUUUACGGAUUGAUUUUAACAUCAGUUUUCCAGCGCUCUCGUGUGAAUUUGCAUCUGUUGAUGUGAGCGAUGUCUUGGGAACUAACAGGUUGAAUAUAACAAAAACAAUUCGAAAGUUUACUAUAGAUCCAGAUUUAAGUGGCACGAGUGUCGAGUAUCGUUCAGAACCGGUUCCACAAGUCAUUCAGCAUGGAGAGGAAGUUGAUGAAGAAGUUGUUCAGGGUUCCAUACCACUGAAUAGUGAUAACUUUCACAGAAUUGCAAAUGAGUAUCCAAUUUUGGUCGUCAAUUUUUUUGCUCCUUGGUGCUACUGGAGUACUCGCCUGAGACCAUCAUGGGAGAAAGCUGCAGUUAUAAUUAGAGAAAGAUUUAAUCCAGAAACGGAUGGACGUAUUAUUUUGGCAAGGGUUGAUUGCACUGAAGAUUUUGAUUUGUGUAAGAGGCAUCACGUUCAAGGGUAUCCAUCCAUUCGCAUCUUUCGUAAAGGCAGUGAUUUGAGGGAUGAACAUGGACAACAUGAGCACGAAUCUUAUUACGGAGAUCGUGAUUCCGAAGCAUUGGUUAAGGCAAUGGAAGAAUUGGUUUCACCGGUUCAACUGCAGGACCAGAAGCUGGCUUUAGCGCCAUUGACAGGAGGAUGUAGAAUUGAAGGAUAUGUGCGUGUAAAAAAGAUUCCUGGCAACCUUAUCAUUUCUGCUCGUUCAGGAGCCCAUUCUUUUGAUUCUUCUCAAAUGAACAUGUCUCAUGUCAUAAGCCAUCUUUCCUUUGGUAAAACAAUAUCACCCAGAGUACUGAGUGAUGUGAAGCGACUAAUACCUUAUCUCGGUAGAAGCCAUGACAAAUUGAAUGGUCUAUCGUUCGUUAAUCACCGUGAUUUUGAACCAAAUGUUACUAUUGAGCAUUAUCUUCAAGUAGUGAAAACAGAGGUGGUCACUAGAAUACAUUCUCGUGAAAGUUCAUUACUCGAGGAUUACGAGUACACAGCGCACAGCAGUCUGUCACAAAGCAUAGACGUACCUGUUGCGAAAUUUCAUUUCGAGUUAUCUCCGAUGCAGGUUUUAAUAAUUGAAAAGCCGAAAUCAUUUUCACACUUCAUCACCAACCUCUGCGCUAUAAUUGGAGGCGUUUUCACGGUUGCAGGGAUUUUGGAUUCAAUUUUAUACAAUACAAUAAGGCUGAUGAAAAAAAUAGAUUUAGGUAAAAAUAUUUGAAAUACUAGCAAGAGAAAAAAGAAGAGAAUUUUGUUAUUCUGUAAAUACUUUUAAUGAGAAUAAUUCUACAGAAACAGAGUCGAAAUGUAGUC